AUGGCGGCGGCGGCGCUGGACAUCGCGGAGCUCUCCUUCUCCGACCUAGUUGUCCUCCUAUCUCCCGAGACGCCUGUUAACGACGGCCGCUCCGCCGCGUUGUGGACACCGUCGCGGCCGAGCUCGGCCGAGGAUAAGAUACAGGAUUGUGACCAACCUGAGGAGGCUAACGGUGAUGAUGAUACGGAGAAUCUUGGUGACCUCGUUAAGGAGCUUGGUUUGUACAUGAUGGAGCUUGGGAUUUUGGUUGCACGAGCUUGCGAUAUUGUCAUCGGUAGAGGUCAGCUAGAGCAGAGCAUCACCGACUUUGGGACGGCAAAGGCGAGGCUCAUUCACUACCAUUCUGAGCUGGAUAACAAUGUCAUCAGGGAUAAGAGCACAAAGAGGAAAGGUUCGGAAUGGCACUAUGACUAUGGAAUCCUCACUGUUUUAACAGCACCAUUGUUCCUGAGAGCCUCUGAUGACGAAAAUAGUUUGGUCAACCUGGAAUGUCAUCCUCCUGAUGGCCACACACACUCGCAGUUAUGCAAUGGAAGGAAGAUAUUCUCUGUUAGAUACUCUCCUGAGAACUUCAUUGUUCAGGUUGGAGAGGCAGCAGACAUCUUGUCCCAAGGGAAAUUGAAAUCUACACUUCAUGCUGUGAGUAGACCUUUGAGUUCCACAGACAUCAGCCGGGAGACUUUUGUUGUCUUCCUACAGCCCUCAUGGGACAAAACUUUAGCUUAUCUUGGUUAUUCUUUAGAUGAAGGUGAAUCCAUUCUUAGCAAGGGGACUUCGGCCGUCAGUGAUGGAUCAACAGGGCCUUGUGAUGAAGAUGCAUUUAUGCAAGGAAUUCUGAAAAAAAAUUCCCCCUCUGUUAUCAAGGCUAAAAGAAGGGAUGACAUUUGCAGAAUUUUCUCGUCAGACAACAAAACAGUAUUAUGGUGGCAGUGGCGUCCAACAGAACAAUUGAGCACUAGCAAUGCAAUGCAGUUGUAA